AUGGACACGACACAAAAGAAGUUGUCCAAACAACUAGAAAACAUGAAAAGUUUUCAACUCGUUAGACACCAGUCAUAUAGUGGGGCAGGCACAGAGUGCCUGGAAGUAGCCUCUGCUUCAGUGGCAACAGACAGUAGCCUCAAAAAUGGUAUCAGGUUGGAGAGCUUUGGUCCAGGUGGGCAGAAGGCCCUAGAAACCUUUGGCACAUAGAAGUUGGCCUCUGAGGGCAUAGCUAGGGCAAAGGUCAAGGACGAGAAGACUGAAAAGUGCACCAUCUUCUCAGAAGCAGUGAAUGAGGACAAGAUGGCUGAGAAGCCAAUUGAUGAAGAAAUGAAAGUGGUAGAAGAAAACAAAGGGAUGGGUCCUAGGCCCCUCACUGUGGAUCUCCAUAUGGCCCCUGCCGAGGCUAUCCAGCUGGAACUGGACACCUUGAAUGCUCGGGCUAUGCAGGCCUUCCUCUUGUGGAGGGCCAAGUUUUGGCAGUAGUAUCUGAAACAGAGGAACCACAUCAUUUAGAACAUCCCUGACUUAUGGGUCACUGCUCUUUGAAAUUACCUGCAACUGUCUGCAGAGAAUAGAGACCAAGGUGUGACAAUGUUAAAAUACUUAACCAAUCUGGAGGUGAAGGAAUUUAGAUACCCUAGGACAAGUUGCAAGUUCAAGUUCUUCUUUCAGAGAAACUCCUUCCUAAGAAACAAGCUGAUUAUCAAGGAGUAUGGGGUCAAAUCCUCCAGCCAAGUGGAAUCUCUUUCACACUGAUUAUAUGACACUUGGGGCCAUGAACCUCAGUCCUUCAUUCAAAAGAACCAAGAUGUUAUCUGCAGCUUCUUUGCCUGGUUUUCAGACCACAGCCAUCCAGGGUGUGACAUUGCUGACAUUAUCAAAGAAGACCUUUGGCCAAAUCCACUACAAUACUACCUGUUGCAUGAAGGGGCCCAUAGAGCCAGAUAUCACCAGAUAAGAGCUACUAGAGAUCCUCAGACCCUUUGGGUCCAGUAUGAUUAA